AUGAUGAAAGUGGCUCAUCGGAUUAUUACAUCACUCGUCGUCCCUAGAGAAGACAAAAGCACCAUUAGCUCUCUUGAACUCUAUGAUACGGCCCACCUAGAUGAUAACCUCAUUCCUCACUAUGGCUUAUUUGUUUGCAAUAAACUCACCCACCUCAGCACAUCACAAUCUAGAAAAAUCUAUUAUAGUGGCGUUGUUAGCAUGUUCACCAAAAGUGCUCUAGUCUGGGCCCCAUAUCCCGAAAAUCACCAACCACUACCCGGUGAGCCUUAUCUCACCACGACAGUGCUCGAGUCUAUGAGGAUGUUUUGGUCAAAGAACAUAAAUCAUAAUUGGAUUGUGGGCCAAAACCAUAACCCAAACCUCCUUAUCCCACCUGAUAACUGGAAUAUUCUUUCCCUCAAGUGUCCUACCAACUUCACCGAUUGGCAAAUCACCCUGUACCUUUUCCCCGUCUCCCCAUCCGGUAAGGAAGAUGAGGAAGGUGAAGAAAGUGAGGGUGAUAAUGAUGUUGAUGAUGAGGGUGGAGAGGAGGAACCACAAAAUAUUUCUCCUACGAGUGGUGCCAGUUCAUCUCAUGGUGCUACACACCCAUCAUAUCACCAACAAUACAAGGACCAAUUAAAAUCAAUUCACACCCGCCUUGACAUCUACCAUCAUGACCUAACACACCUAACAUAA